GGAGGAGGAGAUGCAGAAGCCGCUGCCCGGCCAGAAGGAGCGCCUCUACAAACUGCUGGUGAUCGGCGACCUGGGCGUGGGCAAGACCAGCAUCAUCAAGCGCUACGUCCACCAGAACUUUUCCCCGCACUACCGGGCCACCAUCGGUGUGGACUUCGCCCUCAAGGUGCUCAGCUGGGACCCGGAGACGGUGGUGCGGCUGCAGCUCUGGGAUAUCGCCGGUCAGGAAAGAUUUGGUAACAUGACGCGCGUCUACUAUCGAGAAGCUAUGGGAGCGUUUAUUGUCUUUGAUGUCACAAGGCCGGCAACGUUUGAAGCGGUCACCAAAUGGAAAGAGGAUUUGGACACUAAGCUGACUCUUCCCAAUGGCAAACCUGUGCCCACAGUUCUCUUGGCAAACAAAUGUGACCAGGGCAAAGACGUGCUUGUGAACAAUGGCAUCAAGAUGGAGCAGUUCUGUCAGGAGAACGGCUUCGUGGGGUGGUUUGAAACGUCGGCGAAGGAAAACAUAAAUAUUGACGAAGCCUCCAGGUGCCUGGUGAAACACAUCAUUGCUAGUGAGAGUGACCCGAUGGACCCUGUGCAACCUGAUGUCAUUAAACCACACUUGAAUCCUGCCAAGCUCAUCAGCUGUUCAGCUUGCUACAAAUCCUAAGCAAUUUCCAAGCUGUUUGCGGACACUGGAACUAAGCAAAUAAUAACUUACAAAGAAAAGUGGCUCCAGUGUGUGUAGCCCAGCUUUUGCUGCUCCUGAGCACAAAACUGAGAUCUGAAAAUUUAAAUUCUUCCUAAACCAUGCAGGUGAGGGGGUGGAGGGGGAACUUCCCAAUUUUUUUUUAUUAUUAUUAUUCUGUGGAUAGUUUGCAAAGCGUCUUCUACAAAUCUUAGAUAUUAUUUUGACUGAGCUGUUUCAAGUUAAUCAUCAUUAUUCAGCCUAGGUGCUCUGUUUAGGAAGGCUGAACUGUUUGUUGCUUGUUGUCAAUGACUCUCUUGAGAGAGACUUUACAUUUUGCUUUCUGAGGAUGUUCUCCGGAUGCAUCCCGGAGAUGCAGCCACGUUCACGGAAAGCAUUUCCGCAGAUGCAACCGCGCCCACAGAAAGAAACAAAGAAAAGGAAAAGUGUUGAAUAUUCAUGGCUGUUUGGGGAAACAUAUCAUGGAGUCAUUUGCAAUAUUUUUCUAGGGAUUUUUAGGGGGGGUUGGAAUAUAUUCUUUGCACUGCAGUCAGUGACACGAGUGCUGAAUUCCGGCAGCGUCGCCCAGUGGUUAGUUAUUCAGGUACGAAUCUGAGAAUCUGCCUUAGGGAUCAGCAGAUGUUCCCUAUUCCAUUUUGCUAUUGUUCGUAGAUGGGCUUUGCCCUGGGUUCCACUCUGGAUGCCUUCUGGUUUAACCCAGAACUUCUAAGGGCACA